UCGAAUUAGUUUCUAUAAUUCAUUAAUUAACUUAUUUCAACAAUUUUGUCAAAUUUAACACUGGCACUAAUAUGACAUGUAAUUCCGUCUGGUUUAUUCGCAUCUCUUUUUUCAAAACCGGCUAUUGCUCCAGCUAAUUAGUCUGGUGCAUUCGAAAAGAAAAAAGUAAGAAAUGUUCAGCAAACCGGUCGAGUUAUAUAUAUAUUAUGGAAAUUGAAUUUUUUGGCGAUUUCAUUAAAUGAUAUAACUGAUAAACUUUGCAUUUGUGCGGCUUUGGAUUUGGUGCAAUUCUAUUAUAAUCCAUAUAUCAUUAAUAAAAAAUGAUAAUGUUCAUAAUGGACAUGACUGCAUCGAAGACUCUGUGUUAUUAACACAAACUGUUUAAGAUCAAGUUUGAUUAAAUUUAGACCAGUCGUCGGACAAGUCGCGAAAUGUCAUCCGACUUUCGGAUGACUAUAAAAGCAUAGCCAAAUUGUGGAUUUCAUUAAGUUCUGUUUCGCAGUUUGCUGACUGACAACUGAGUAUCCUUAUUAACAUGAAGUUUGUGAUUGUCUUCGCCUGCCUUUUGGCCCUUGCCUACGCUGAUUCUUCGACGGUUGUUAAAGAAUACAAUGAAGUGAAUCCUGACAGCUUCAAAUACGUCUGGGAAACUUCUGACGGCACCUCAGUUAAUCAGGAUGGGCAGCUGAAAGACCCUCACACUCUCUCUGUUAAGGGAUCAUAUGAAUACAUAUCAAAGGAGGGCAAGUCCAUCAAGGUAACCUAUACCGCCGAUGAGAACGGCUACAAGCCCGACAUUAAGCAGUCUUAAAAACUGACGGAUCGUCGUAACGAAGAUAAAAAUUCAAUAAAUCGCAUGAACAUCUGAAACAAA